AUCCAAAAAACUAUCGGGUACCCGACCCGGACAAGAUAAGACCCCCAUAAACCCUAAAACCCUACAAACUGAAACUGCACACCUUCCCCUAACUACUCAUUACGACAAGAUCAAUAUGAAUAACAUGAAGGUUCCAAAUGUUCCUGGUGGAGGGCUUUCUGCUCUGCUCAAAGUUAGUAUCUUUGGUGGUCUUGCUGUGUAUGGAGCUGCAAACAGCUUGUACAAUGUUGAGGGAGGGCACCGAGCUAUCGUCUUCAAUCGCAUUGUUGGUGUCAAAGAUAAGGUCUAUCCUGAAGGAACACAUUUUAUGAUUCCUUGGUUCGAGAGGCCUGUGAUCUAUGAUGUCCGUGCACGACCUCAUUUAGUGGAGAGUACAUCCGGAAGCCGUGAUCUCCAAAUGGUGAGAAUUGGACUUAGGGUCCUUACCCGUCCUCUACCAAGUCAUUUACCAACAAUUUACCGAACCCUGGGUGAGAAUUAUAACGAGAGGGUCUUGCCUUCUAUUAUACAUGAAACUCUGAAAGCUGUGGUUGCACAGUACAAUGCCAGUCAGCUCAUUACUCAGAGAGAGAAUGUCAGUAGAGAAAUAAGGAAGAUCUUGACUGAAAGGGCCUCCCAUUUCAAUAUUGCAUUGGAUGAUGUGUCAAUCACAAGCUUGACAUUUGGUAAGGAAUUUACAGCCGCAAUUGAAGCCAAGCAGGUUGCUGCUCAAGAAGCUGAGAGGGCUAAGUUUGUGGUAGAAAAAGCUGAACAGGACAAAAGAAGUGCUGUUAUUAGAGCACAGGGAGAAGCCAAGAGUGCACAAUUGAUUGGUCAAGCUAUUGCCAAUAAUCCUGCAUUUAUCACCUUGAGGAAAAUUGAAGCUGCAAGGGAAAUCGCUCAUACAAUUUCAAACUCUGCUAACAAGGUUUACUUGAAUUCAGAUGACCUCUUGCUGAAUCUUCAAGAGAUGAAUUUGGAGCCAGCGGGGAAGAGAUAGUUGUGGGAGGUUGAGUUCACUUUUUCUCGUCUAUCCUUUUUUCUGUGCGGCUUCACUAAACCAAGUUGUUAGGGGAAAAAUUGUGAUCAUAAAGUGUACCAUGUGAAACAAGGAUGUUCUCUCAGGUUUUCAGUACCUGUAUUCUUGAACUGUCACUAUCUUUUGUUGGAUGUCAAGGAAUUACUUUUUGUUUAUUGUGGGAUAAUGAUUAUGCUGUUACUUGGUAA